UUGAGGGCAACGAUGCGCAGGCGGCUCUUUGUCUGCUCGAUGGAGUAGUAGCCGCCCUGGUCAAAGGUCACCAGUGCCUCCGAGGGCAGCCAGUGGCGCCAGAGUUCGCCCAUCUUCUGGUGGCUGCCGCUGCCGUCCUCGUGCCCCAAAACCGGAAAGAUGAACUGCGAGGAGAAGCUGCGUCCCAGCAGGUCCGUGAUGUUGCGCAGAAUCUCGUGCUGCUUCUGCUCGGACAGCGGCUGGGCGGAGUGCGAGAGGGCAUCCCCGGUCCAGAGAACAAACUCCACAUUGUCGCCCUGCUUGGCCUUCAUGGUCUUCACGGCGGACUCCACCAGGCUCCAGGGACUGUCGCAGUUGUAGUGCCCAAACAGUCCGGGCGCCUCACUGGCAGCAUUCGCAUUGGAGCCCGAACUGGCGCUGGAGACGGGCCGCUCCAGCUGCCAGCAGCUUCGGUAGAUAUCCCCCUGGGUCGAGUAGAUGGUAUCCAAGUGAAGGUCGCUGAUGUGCCAGAAGUAGCCUGCAAGCAGAGAGGGAGAGCGGGAGAGAGAGUGAGAGUGAGAGAGAGUGAGUUUCAGAGAGAGAAGAGAUUAAAGUUUCUGUUGGCUGGGCUGGGCUAUUCCUGUGCGGGAAAGGCCACCACCCCCGCGUUGGGCAUUUGCCUGCCGGCUGGCGGUGAAAACCAAAAAAAAAAAAACAUCGUGUAGUUUUCCCUGCAGCUGAAAAACAAACUCAGUUGACUGACCUGAGCCGCAAAACUGAUCCGCUCUACGCUCUCAACGCUCAACGAUCUACGCUCUACCUGUGUGGGUGAGGGAGGGGAGUUCGGAGAGUUGUCGUGUGAGGCGAGGCAGCGGAGAGGAGAUCAGUUUCAGUUGGCAUUGGCAUGCGCAUAGAUCGAUCAACCGGACACAAGUCGCAUCACAGGACAGAAGCGGACGACGACAGGACGACGGGCAAGAACAGUGGUAUCCUUUCAUGCCCGUCGCAAGCACGAGCAAGAUCCAGAACCAUAGCAGCAGCUAGAUCCGGAGACAGAGCCGAGCCACACGAGCAGGAUGAACGGACGCUUCGGUCUCAGUCUGAGCUUCAGCCUGUCGCUGCUCCUUGUGGCGGCAACCAUGUCGCAGAUGCUGCAGCAGGUCCACGGCCGGAGGAAGUUCUGCGGCGAGGCCCUCAACGAGGCGCUUGACCUGAUUUGCGUUAACGGCUUCUCACGCAGGAUCAAACGCAACAAUUUGGUGCAGGCCCUGAAUCCGAGUACGGACCGAUCCCAGCGUGGCUCGUCCCGUAAGUGGGUCGCCCUGCUACACAAAUUGGACGGAAUUGCUGGCAAGGGAACGGCUACACCAGGCGGCGGAAACAAUGGACACAACCUGCGUCGUCAUCGUCGCCGCAUCGCCCACGAGUGCUGCAGGGAUGGCUGCACCUACGAGGACAUUUUGGAGUACUGCGCCUAGCCCACCAAACGGGCGAGGAGAGCCUAUGAUACGAUGA